AUGCUAACUGGCCGAUAUUUCCUCUCAGCCCUUCAUGGUUUGCGAGAUUUAUUCUCCUUUUCUUGGCGAGCAUCCCCAGAUUCCUCCGUGGAGUUUUGCCGUGCGCAGCUGCUGGAGAAUCAUGGCUGCUGCCUGGAUGAGACAUGCGAUCCGUCAGUGGUGCAACAGAGAAUCAGGCGACCUGGAACGUCCUGGCAGUGCAUCGCUGCUGAGGGCUGUGUCUCAGAGCCAGGCGUUCGAGGGGACGAUCUGCUGUCCAUUCCUGCAGGUGCUGCUUGCGAUUGCCGGAUCCUUUUCCUUCAUGGAGGCAGUUGGUAUUUUGGCUCGCCAAACAGCACUGGGUAUCAUGUGUUGGCAUCCAAACUGGCGGCCAGAACGGGCUGUGUCGUAAUGGUGCCAGACUUCGCAUUGUUGCCUGUUGGCAACUUCAACUCCAUGCUCCAGGCUUCUGUGGAGGCUCUUCAGUGGCUUGCCACGCACGUUCUGGAAAAGUGCAAGGCGGAACCUCCCGUGAGGCUGUACGUUGGCGGGGACUCCAGUGGUGCCACCACGGCUCUCAGCCUGGUAUUUCGCUUGGGGCAGCAGCCGGACCUGAUUCCAAAGGGCAGUCAACUUGUCGCAGGCUUCAUGUGGAGUCCGUGGACCAACCUGAUGUGUGAUACACCUGAUUAUGUCACCAAUGCCUACUCCACGAUCUUCAACGCCAACUCAUCAGCUGGCAAGUCGUCAGAUUAUCGGGGAGACAUAUUGUUCAAGAGCCCGCCGGCCAUGAACAUGGCUGAGUUCCGAAAUGUGGCGUUGCAGUACGUGGGCGGGCAGCGGGAUUUGCUGGUGGACCCAGUUGCCUCACCAUUUCACGCGGGUGCCAGCAUCCUAGCGAUGGUACCACCUUUGUACUUCCUUGUAGGCUCGGAAGAGACCCUACUGGGAGACAGUGUCAUCCUGGCCCAGAAAGCUGCAGCAUAUGGUGCGUCCAUUGUUGUUGAUGUCUAUGACAACAUGUGGCAUGAUUUCCCGAUGUACUCUGAAGGCUGCGGUUCCGGCAGCAAGCUUUGGCUUGGAAACAAAGCCUGGGAAAAUACAGCAGAGUUCAUUCAACUUGCGCAGGGAGCACAAGGUUCAAACGGGUGGCCUCUCCUUCGAUACGUUUAUGACGAGUCCCCGAAGGGGAGGGACGCAUGGUUUGCACCACGGCCGCCACUCAGGCUCCCACGCGGUAGUCAGACUCCCGAGCCUGUCUCAGGAACUUCAAGUUCCUUGAGUCUUUCAUCCUUCCUUUGGGGCCUUGGUGCUGGCGCGGCGCUCGCAAGUUGCACUUAUGCUGGUAUGAACUUUGUAAUCAAUAGGCAGCAACAGCUUCAACAAAGCCAGCGGGCCGUGCCACUUAGAGUUGAGAUGACGUUCAGGCACGACUACAACCAGCAGUGA